AAAAUGUAUGUCCGCUCCAUCGCUGAGGAACCGAGAGUGCUUUAGUACUUUAAUACCAGUCCUCAAGUCUGUUUCUCUCAAUUCGUCAACUCUUCCGUAGAAUUUGCAACUUGCUUCUUCUGAAUCUAUGCAAGUGAGAUAUUAAUUAUAAUACUCUUGCCUUUUUAUUAUUGCUGUCAAUCUAGUUUCCUUCUAUCUUAUAUUUAUACCAAUAUCAUUGUGCUCUGGAGUCGACUAGGUUCGUGCUAAUAAUUUAGUUUUACUAGACUUGGGAUCUAAGUUUAUAUCUUCAAGUCCAACUUACAUGUCUGUUUCAUUUCUUGCGUGUUCACAUCUUGGAGCUAUCUUCAUCUCCCCUCUGCAAUCUCUAAAAAUUUUCAUCUUCACUGCAGGUUGCAAUUGCACUAUUGGAGUUUGCCCACUUGGUUGUUCAUCGAACAAUUUAAAUAUGUCAUAUUACGCAAGAAGGGGUGGAGAUAGGGGUAGUGGCCGUAUCCAAGGAAGUGGUGGGCGAGGUGGCUAUGCCAUGCGUGGAAGAUCAGGACUGCCUCCUCGAGGACCUCUUGGUGUUAGCUCCCGACCAUCUGCACGCACUAUUGCUAAGUCGUUUAGCAGAACCAAAGACAUGACUUGGAGACCUGAUCUAUUUAGUGAUAGUAUGGCGGCUAGUGGAAUAGAAACUGGUACAAAAUUGUACAUUUCAAACUUGGAUUAUAGGGUUUCUAAUGAGGAUAUAAAGGAGCUGUUUUCAGAAGUUGGUCAUUUGAAACGCUUUGCUGUUCACUAUGAUGGUUAUGGCCGCCCAAAUGGCACUGCAGAGGUGGUGUUUACACGGAGGAGUGAUGCAAUCGCUGCCCUGAAACGUUAUAAUAAUGUUCUACUUGAUGGUAAAGCUAUGAAGAUAGAAGUCAUUGGAAGUGACUUAGGCUUGCCUAUGACACCUCGUAUAAAUGUUGUUGGGGCAUCUAAUGGCAGAGCUACAAGAACAGUUGUUAUGACGCCUGAGUUUAGUCAACGUGGCAGAGGUUCAAGCAGUAGACCUUUAAGUAAUCCGAGCAACAGGUUUAACAACCGUGGUGGUUUCCAAGCUGGUCGAGGCCGUGCCCAGUUCCAGGCCCGUGGCAGGGGCCGUGCCCAGUUCCAGAGCCGGGGCAGGGGCCGCGGCCAAUUCCAGGGCCGGGGCAGAGGGAGGAAGCCUGAGAAGACUGCUGAUGAGCUGGAUAAAGACCUGGAAAGCUACCACGCGGAGGCCAUGAAAACCGAUUGAUGGCAAUGAUGGUGCUUCCUUUCAUGUCUCUGCUGGAAGAUUGUGGUGUAGCCGUUUGCGUUGUAUUAUUUUCUGGGAGCAUAUUACAUCUGUCUCCUUUGGUUUGAGGAAACUAUUCCCCUUACCCAUAGUGAUCUCGAAUGAAAAACCGCCCUAGUGUCUAGUAUCUAAUGAUUGCCUUAAAACUCGCAACCUGAUAGUGUUUAUUUUGAUUACCGGUUGCUUUGGAGAUUAUCAUGAAUGCUGCAAUGUCAAUCUAGAGAUGUGUUGACAAGCUGCC